CAUGUCAUUGUUGCAUUCAAAAACAAAAUAAAAAUAUUUUUGCAUCAUUGUUUUAGAAAAGUCGGUCCAAAGCAUUUUUAUUAUUUGUUUGCAUAAGGAUUCGACCACUGCCUUUAAAAGCACUUAACUACAUUGUGUGUUUUUCAUCGCAGGUACCAUGGAUGAGGAAGAUAACUCUUGGGAAGAAGAGCAAUCCAUGCUUGACGAAGAAAGUAGUUAUGGAGAUGAUCAAUGGUCCAACGAUGGCUCCAACACUGAUUUUGAAGAGGAUCCUUAUGAAGGAGAUCCUGAGCCAGUACCACCAGACCCUUACCACAUUGAUAACCACUCCACUGAUUGUUCUAGAAGAGAAGCUGUCCUAGAAGAAAGCUAUGGAAGUGGUUCAUGGCAGGAAGAGGCUGGAGUUGAAAACUGCCUAGAAAACAAAGAAGAGUGGGAGCAUGAAUCUGAUGAAGAAACUCAGCUCCAACUGGACGUUAAAGAGGACUCAUGGGAGGCUCAAACCCAUCCUGAUUCUGAUCAAGAAAUAGAAGAGAGUUCUUGGGCUGGAGUACCAUUCUCUGGUCCGGAGGAGAGACAAGCAUUGUCUAUGAAGCCUUACCGAGAUUUUGGGUCAUGGUAUGAGGAAACUGAUUCUCAAAUCAGUGAAGAUGAAGCAAGGCAUCCCAGCCAUGAGGCUGAGAUCCAUGGAUAUGAUCUAGGUGUGCCUGAAAAGGAGGAAUCCAUAAGUGAGGCCGGAAGAAAUGUUAAAGAAUCCCAACUUGCCUUGGCUGAAGAGGAAGAACUUGUAAGUGAAGCCGGAAGAAAUGUUACUGAGCUUGAAGCAUCCUCCAUCAACCUUUCUGGUUAUAACAAAGAAGCUGCUGCUUAUCAACAAUGGGAGGACAACUUGAAAACCUGGUACUACAGUUACCAACUAUCAGAUGAGGAGGCUGAUGACGAAUCUAUUGAUACUUGGGAAGAUUUCAGAUUAUAAAUGAGGAGAUUAGUUGAAAAGGCUGAGAAGGAAACUGCAGCCCAAUACCACCAGCCCCAAAAGAAUGAUACACAUGCAGUCCACACUUCAACUCCACGCUUUAGGACUAGGAGUAAGAAGGCUGAUCACCCUCACAGCCCACAAGAGGUGGAACCGACCAUAGAAAAGCCCACUAUCAAGCAAUCAAAGAGUUCACAGCCGAGUUCACUACAACUUCCAAAAAAGCCAGCAAUCCGUCCAAGGUCAAAAGGAACUUCAGAAAAUACAGAUAGCAAGGCCACAGUAGUCCAUAUCAAAGGAGGUCCACGUCCUGAAGAUGAAGCUAUGCAACAAGGUUUGCAAAAGCCACCAGCAUCAUCAAAUCAAAGUAUAGGGAAAGGAGAUGGGCGACCAAACAAGUCUGAGAGGUUGAAAGAAAGCCAGGGACAGCACCUGACUUGUCCACAAAACGUUGAAGAAGAUGCAAGAAACAAUAAAAGCACACAAGCUACCAAAGAGCAAAUCAUUCUUCAACUAGCUGAAACCAUUUGGGUAAGUCUAAAUUUUACUUGUCCAAAUUAUAAAUUCUCAAACACAGAUAUAAUUCACUUGUUUUCUGCCAAAAUUUUUGAGAAUAUUUCAGGAACAGAGGCCAAGGAUCCCAUAGGCGAUCCACACAAAGAGAUCACACGGUGUCUAGAUGCCUAAGGAAAGCAAGAAGUUACCAUCAACAACUUCUUGAUUCCUGACGCCCCAUCAUAUCAAAAACAACAUCCAGGAGGCCAUAUCAAUAUAGAGGAGUAGUCCGGUCGUUCCUACUCAAAGGAGAGCCACCAGAUUUGCCACCAAAGACCAAAUCGACAAAAUACCAAGGUAAGGCCCUAGAAUCUCAAAAGAGGAUGAAACCUGACUUGCUCUAUCUUGGUGCAGGUUAUCCAGUUUCGAGGUCGAAACCUUUUCAAGAGAGAGGGGAUGAUAUAGGCACAGAAACCACACCUGAACCAGGGGCCAACCGGAUGUACCAUUCAGCCAACCGAAGGACCAAUCAGGAUAUGUGUUCAGUCAAAACGGCGUAUCUCCGUAACCAGGAGGAAUUUUGUAAUGAAACCAAUUUUAAUGCAUUCUACACUCAUCUAGGAGUCAACCCCAACUGGAAUCAUCUCCAAAUCUACUCUUGCCAGGAAUAUACGAAUUUUACAAACCGGCGGUUCUCCAUCUCGUCCAUCUGCGAGCAUCCGAGUUUAGAAGUUUCUUCAAGCCCAACAAAGAAGCGUUCCGACCCAAACCAAAAAAUGGAUUUCAAGAUGGAUCUCUUAUCAAGCCAAAAAGCCCAAGAAUAGGAGAAAAUACCACGGAAAUCUCAAGAUACAAUCAGCAAGCAUAGGAUUAAGAGGAUCUUCAUGAUCCAAGGCUUCCAGAAUACACAUACAACCGUCCAGAAGAGCCUCCCCUCAUCUUUCCCUACACCAGCAAGCAUAGGAUUAAUAGGAUCUUCAUUUACACCAAGUUUCCUUUUUCGGAAUCACUCACAACUUGGAGAAUAAAUCACCAACGGCUAUUUUUCCACGACCAGAGCUUCCUGAAGCUACUUGCAAGGAACCUAGACGUCCCAAGACACCAUUCCUUCUUGCCCAAACUUUCCAGAUUCAAGGAGAUCAUCAAGUUCCCCAUUUUUAGCCAAAAAUCCAUUUAUCCUAUUCCAACGGCUAGUUUUUAUUUCCUUUGAUUUCUUUCUGAUUUUUGCUUUGUAAUCAUUGUCUCCAGAGCCUAUAUAAGCUCUUGGUCGACCCUUGUAAGAAACCACCUUUCAAUCCUUAAGAAAUAAUAUUCAGUUUGUUUAUUUUUAUC